AAAAAUAGAAUUCUUUAGCAUAUUACUAUAUACACAUUCUCUAAUAUUUAUUUUCAUUUCAUAUAUUACCUUUUAAUAAAAGAAAAAAAGAGUGCAAAUUAUUAACAAUUUCACACAUAGAGAGACGUAAAGAUAGUUUAUUUCUCUCAUCACAUUUCCAAUCAUGUGCUGACUCAAAUAAGACAAUUGUAACAAAUAAUAUUGUUGUACUUAUAUAGUAUAUUUUCUGCUUUAUCAAUGGUGUGGACUCUUUUGAUUUACUAAAGUUAUACAUAUAUGUUACUUGCUGUGUUAUUAAACAUCACCUAGCAAAUAUAUAUAUAUAUAAAGUUAAGUUGAAAGAUUUGGUUAAAACGACUACUUUCUUUAUUUUAAUUUGAUAAAGCGUUACAUUAUCUGAUGAUUUAUAAUAAAGAUACAUAUUAAUUUGAUCAGAGAAUGCGAUGGGUUUGAUGACUGAUAAACCAUAAGGUGUUGAUACAAGUAAAAUAAGAUAUUUAUUUUUAUCGAUCAUUCCAUAAGAAAGGUGAUAGCAAGAAGAAUUAACAAUGGAUGUCAGUACAUUAUUUAAAGCCAGCGUGAAGACAGUUAGCCUUCGUAAUAGAGAUCUUGGAACUAUCAAUAGUAUAAGAAAUCUGAAGAAAGUAAGAAGCAAGAGCGCAUUCUUCGUAAAAGCUCAAGGUGUAGUUGCACAAAUAUCAAAGUUACGUGAAUUCUUAAUAGAGAAUCGCAAAGCAUACUUAAACUUUUCAAAUUAUUUGCCAAAUGUACCAAGUAUGACUGAUGUAGAUCGUGAUCAGAUCGAUGUAGGUGCACAAAAAAUAAUGAGUACUUGUUCUCAGUUGAUCAAGGAAUUGAGAAGAGAAAUUGCAGGCUGCGAAGUUUCUCCACAAAAUUUGGAGCAUAGAGAAAUUAUGUUGCUGUUAAUCGAAGAUUAUUUGAAGAAUGUUUGCAAAAUUUAUUCUGAACAAAAAGCAAUGAGGGUAAAAAGAGCAAUGGAGAUAAGAAAAAUUGCCAAGUUGGAAUUAAAUUCAAAAUCUGUAAGACAAUUGGAACUCGAAGCGAAAAGAGCCGAGUCGAAUACAAGCGAAACAACAACAGAAGAUAAAGAGAAUAAGAUUAGUUCGAAUAAUUCUAGCCCGAUGAAAAUACAGGAAAUAAAUGGUGAUGUAAACGCAUUAACGUACGAAGAGGAGAUAUCGGCCGAUGAUAUACAACUGUUUGAAGCAGAAAAUGAACAGUUGUACAACGAACUUAACAUGCUCACGGAAGAAGUUAAACAAAUCGAAACCAAGGUUGUACAUAUAGCAGAACUUCAGGAGAUAUUUACAGAAAAGGUAUUAGAUCAGGAUAAGGAUUUGGACCGUUUGACGACAACAGUUGUCGGGUCGACGGAGAACGUGAAGGAAGCUAAUGAACAAAUUAGACAAGCGAUUCAAAGGAAUGCAGGACUUAGAGUGUGGAUUCUCUUUUUCCUUUUAGUAAUGUCGUUUUCUCUAUUGUUUCUUGAUUGGUACAAUCCUUAAAAUAAAAAAUCGUAUAUAUAUAUUGUUUUAUUAAAUGUUUUGUACAUACACUCAAAGAAUGUUGUACAUUAUUCGAAAUGCUACUAUAAACCUUGUAUGCUUAUUAGUUUUUAAACGACAAUGAACAAAGUUUUGCCAAAAUAUGUCACUGUAUUUUAUCCCCAAACAUUUUACAUGAUAACUACAUCUUACAUAAUAAAAUUUAUCGUAUAUGUAUAUAUUUACUUA